UACAGCAGUCAGUUCUUUCCCAGCCCAUUGUGUGACGUGUUUGCGCGUGUCUGACAGGUGAUUUGAUUGGCUGCCGCUGGUUGGUAUCACUUCUUCAGCUAGCAGCAGAGCUAGCAGCAGAGCUAGCAGCCUCCUCUGCUCUCCUCUCCAGACGGUGAUGAGCUGAAGGUGAGGAUGGAGGACGACUGCAGACCUCUGCUGGGCUCAGAGCCCUCUGGGGAGGGCUUAUCCCAGAGAGGCUCCGCUGGCUCCCUGGACAGCCGAGCUAAAAGGCCGUUCUAUGUGGAGCCCAGGAACAUCGUGAGUGAUGACCCACAGGAGCGGAUCUCCGCCGAGGCCGCCGUCCUGAACAGUCGAGUGCAGUACUACAGCAGACUGACGGGCUCCUCCGAUGCCGUGCUGAGUCCUCCCAACCAUGUGAUCCCCACAGCCGAGGAGAUGUACAUCUACAGUCCUCUGGGGACGGCCUUCAAGGUGUCGGACAGCGACCCGGCCUCCAGCAAUCCCAGCAUCGUCACCAUCUUUGCCAUCUGGAACACCAUGAUGGGAACGUCCAUCCUCAGCAUUCCGUGGGGGAUGAAGCAGGCUGGUUUCACUCUGGGGAUCAUCAUCCUCAUCCUCACCGGCCUCAUCAUGCUCUACUGCUGUUACAUCGUCAUCAAAUCACCAAAGGCCAUCAAGGGCGAGGACACGUCCAACUGGGAGUUCCCCGAUGUCUGCAGGUUCUACUUUGGGAAGUGUGGCCAGUGGUCCAGCCUGCUGUUUUCCAUGGUGUCCCUUGUUGGAGCCAUGGUGGUCUACUGGGUCCUCAUGUCCAACUUCCUCUACAACACCGGGCAGUUCAUCUACAACAACGCCCACAACGUCAGCACAUCCGACUCCGAGUUUGGGACCAACGGUUCUGUUAGAGUGAUCUGUCCGUACCCCAGAACCGACCCUGAAGUAAACGGCACGUCGUAUCUGGGCGCCACUGGAAACCACACGUCAGACGGCGGCUUUGAGGUCUACUGGAGUAAAACCGGCACCAUCCCGCUCUACCUCAUCAUCCUGCUGCUGCCGCUGCUCUGCUUUCGCUCCGCCUCCUUCUUCGCCAGGUUCACCUUCUUCGGCACCAUAUCUGUGGUUUACCUGAUCGUUCUGGUCACCAUCCAAGCCGCCCGCCUCGGCUUCCACCUGGAGUUCCACUGGUUUGAUCCUUCUGAGCUCUUCGUUCCAGGUAUGUGUCUGCAGUGAAGGCUGCCUGUCUGUCCCUUCGCUGGCGCUGCAGCCAAGCGUUGCCUGGCGACCCUGCAGAAGCAGCAGCAUGCACAUCGUGUGAGGGACCUCUCUGUGGCGUACCUUCUCGUCGGAGGGACGUAUAUGUAUGUGGGGGUGCUGAUCUUUGCUGCCUUUCCCUCGCCGCCUCUCUCCAAAGAAUGCAUCGAACCAAACUUCUUGGAUAACUUCUCCAGCAGCGACGUGAUGGUGUUUGUGGCUCGGAUGUGUCUGCUGUUCCAGAUGAUUACGGUCUACCCUCUCCUGGGUUACCUGCUGCGAGUGCAGAUCAUGAGCCAGUUGUUUGGAAAUCAUUAUCCCGGUUUCAUUCACAUUCUGGUGCUGAAUGUUCUCAUAGUGGCAGCCGGCGUUCUGAUGGCCAUGUUUUACCCCAACAUCGGAUCUAUUAUACGGUUUUCUGGCGCCAUCUGCGGCCUGGCUUUGGUGUUUCUGCUCCCUGCUUUAGUCCACAUGGUGUCCCUGAAGCAGCAGGGGAAGCUCACCUGGCUGUCGGCCAUUUGCCACAGCGCCCUCAUCCUGCUGGGCGUGGCCAACCUCAUCGCUCAGUUCUUCAUGUAGCAUCUGGAGCUGCAGUUGGUGACGAGGAGACAAACAUUUAUCGUCUGCACAUUUAUUUCUCCCCUUCUCCCGUAUUAAAACCUCAUGAUUCUAUGGCAGGUAAAAUAAAAAUGAAACACGGCAACAUUUUGCUUUAAUAUUUCUAAUUCAGCAUCUGGCCUGAGGUCCAGAGCAGGUGAAGUUACCCACAGAGACAUGACAGCUGGACGGUCUAUAAAGGUGGAUGAGUGAUGGAGAGGGAAGGAUGGAGCCUUUGGAAAGAGAUCUGAUGGAGCUUUCAUCCAUGGCUGCCAGAUGUCCUCCUCAGAGGAGCCAGAAAGGAGCAGGAGUCGGGUUUUAGCAGAGCGUUCCUCCAGCAGAGACUCCACCCUGGAAAACCACGUCAGGGUUUUCCGAAGGUUCGGACAUAACGCUCCGUAGCUCCUGGUUCUGGUGGAGCAGAACCGGUCCAGUGGAGGAAUAUGGCGGGGCGUUGUUGGAAAUAAAAGGGUGGAGGAAGAGAGUCUGGAUUUCUGGUUUGGUUCCGUUAGAAGAACCCUGUUCAUUCAGGAAAACAUGGAAAAGUUCGGCUGACCUCCAGGAACGUUAACCUCCUCAUUAGCAGAGCAGCUUCCUGAUCAAGUAUUAAAGAUGUUUCCCUUUUUCACCAACACAUUUAUCACAGGAUUAACUUGCUUUGAAUUUGGGUUGCAGGUUUUUUUUUCCAGUCUAGUGGGAAUUUAAUGUCAAAGUUUUGAUUGGAAAUAUUUAAACUAAAAGUUGAUCUGAUCAGAAAUGAUGUUUAGAUGCCAAUAAAAUCACCUUAGAAGCUGUUUAAAUGCACAAGUAGCCAAAGUAGAGACUGAAGCGCUUCCACUGUUCCUCGCCCAGCGUUCUCAUCUAGCUGUCAUAGAUCUACGCUUGUUUUAGGCCCAUCAGAAGGCGGAGCAUCAGUGAGUCCUGAUGGCACCAACCAAUGGGAGCUCCUGAAUAUUAAAGGACCUUAGAACGGAGCCCUGAGGAACGCCCGCUUUGGUUCUUGUCCUGCUGCUGAUGGCUGAGCCGUGCUCUGAGCCCGUCUGGGCGGGUUGGGGCCGCCAUCGGGCCCCGUGGGACUCUGAUCUGAUUCGGUUUUGGAUCCACAGUCCUUCAGCUUCUAAAACCAGUGUUUCCAUCAACAGUUGAUUAAAACCAGGAUUUUUCAGAUGUUCUGGUUAGAACCGGGUCUAAACCACGGAGGCCUGGAUGGGUUCAGUCUGAGGAGCCGUCAGAUGAAUCUCAGCAGCGAAUCAGAGGAGUUCCUGCUAAAUUCCCACUGUGGGACUGCAGCCGUUCUGGUUCUGUUGGACCUAAACUAGAAUCUAUUUUUUUAUUGUGAUCAGAUAUGAAUUAAUGAGUUUGAAUUUCCUGCCUUGCUUUAAUGCAGAUGAUCCUUAUUAUGGAAAUAAGGAUCUUUGAUCCUUUUUUCCUCUAUUUUCUUUCUGGUUUACAACAUUAGUUCCUUUUCUGUCUUUUUUUUGUUCCUUUGGUUCAUUGAUGGAUUUUCCAUCCAUAAUGUAUAAAAAUGAUAUUUAUAAAGAGAUAAUCUAUCAUAUAAAGUGUUCUUCCUGCCAUCGGCGUCAUGAGCUGCGAUAGUCGCUGCUUUCUGAGCGAUAGUCGCCUUUGAUCAGGCGCAGCGUCUUCUCUGCACACGUUAACAUGAUCUCAGCAGGGUCAUGAUGGAAAAAGGGAAUUUAUGUAAAAAUGUUGAAGUU